CCUGUGGGAAUGGCUAGCAAUCAGGCCCGGGAAUAGAAAUGCGCAACUUCGUGAUCAUAUUUAGCCUAUCUCUGGCACUUGGCAUCGCCACCGCCACCGACUACUGCAAAAAGAGCUGCGGCAGCACCAAGAAUCUGGGAUGCGAUAAUAAGGGGGCCUGGUCCUCAAGCUGUCCCAGUGACGCCACCCUGUUGACCCUGACCAGCGCGCAGAAGGACGCACUGGUGGCCAGGACGAACCAGUAUCGUAAUGAGAUCGCCGGCGGACUGAAUGCCAAUCUGAGUGCCGCCUGUCGAAUGGCCACGAUCAAGUGGAACGAUGAACUGGCUUACCUGGCCAGCUUGAACGUGAGAAGUUGUCAGAUGCAACACGAUGGAUGCCACAAUACGGAUGCCUUCGACUGGUCGGGCCAGAAUCUGGCUUGGAUGGGCUACUACAAUCCACUGAAUGUAACCCACUAUCUGGAGUGGGGCGUCGAUAUGUGGUACAGUGAGGUGAAGUACACCAAACAGGCCUACAUCGAUGCCUAUCCAUCGAACUACAAUGGUCCGGCCAUUGGUCACUUCACGGUGCUCGUUGCCGAUCGGAAUACGGAUGUGGGUUGUGCCGUGGCCACGUACUCGGUGCCCGGACAAUCGUACAAGGCCUUCCUGCUGGCCUGCAACUAUGCGGCCACCAAUGUCCUGGGCAUCAAGAUGUACAGCUCGUGCUCCAAGCCGGCCAGCAAAUGUACCACCGGUACCAAUCCCACUUACAAGUACCUGUGCAGUGCCAGCGAGAAGUACGACGUUAACAACCUUUCCUAUUGAGCCAAUAAAUAGAAGCUACAAUCGGUCAUUUCAUUUAAAA